AAAAAAAGAAUCGGGGUUUUGCGAUGGCACUCCGAUCCAUCGCACCGUGUCAAAGCGCCGCAACGACGACGCCCCCGAUCCCUCCUCGCCGGAGACGUACCUACUCUUCUCUUCCUCCUCCUCUUUAAGCCCCUCUCAUGGCGCUCUCUCUCUCUUUCUCUCUCUCGGUCUCCACUAAUCUCCACUAUUUCAAUUUUCCCCCUUUUUGUGGUUUUAUAUAUAUAAUGCUGUGUUCGCUUCUCUCGCUAGCUCCUUUUUUGAGUGCGAGUUUAUGGUUUUGAGUCAAAUUUGGUUCCUCUCUAAUCAUUCUCCGCUCCUUUGCAAUAUCUUUACUAAAUAAUGAUUACCAUGUUGCCAUUUACUUGCUUCUUCUCUUCAUCUUCGAUAAAGGUUGCUCCUUUAGUAAGAUUUAGCUCUAAUGCAGCUCUUGUGCCUGUGACCUCUUGCAUUAAAAUGUCUUCCUCUAUGUUGGGAAACAAGAAUGAGGGUUCGAAGCUUGUCUUGGUAUGGACGGAGAGUAGGCAAGUGAUGACCGCGGCUGUUGAGAGAGGUUGGAGAACUUUCGUCUUCGGCUCGGAACCUUUUUCCAAAGAACUUGUGCAGGAUUGGUCAUCAACUGCUUUAAUACAUCCUCUAUUUGUUGAUGGUGCAAAGCUUCUUGAUGAACAAGGUCUAAAUGUCGGAAUGUUUUAUGGUGUUUCAUCUCCACGAGAAUUAGAACUUAUACGACCAGAUGACAUGGAAGUCGAUAACUUGGUUAUCAAUUUUCAGGGUGAAUGGCAGGUUAUACCUGCAGAGAACAUAGUUGCAGCAUUCCAGGGCUUUAAUAGGACUGUAUUGGCUGUUGCAACAACUUCAACAGAAGCACAAGUGUUUCUCGAGGCCUUGGAGCAAGGUCUUGAUGGAGUAGUGCUAAAAGUUGAAGACACCGGAGAGAUCCUUAAACUAAAGGAGUAUUUUGAUAGGAGGAAUGAAGUCAGUAGUCGGUUAGCUUUGACUAAAGCCACAAUAACAAACGUUGAAGUGGUCGGAAUGGGUGAUCGUGUUUGUGUGGACCUUUGCAGUGUCAUGCGACCUGGCGAAGGCCUUCUGGUUGGUUCAUUUGCCAGAGGUUUGUUCUUGGUUCACUCAGAAUGUUUAGAGACAAACUACAUUGCAAGCAGGCCAUUCAGGAUUAAUGCAGGGCCUGUGCACGCCUACCUUGCAGUACCUGGGGGGAAGACCUGCUACCUCUCUGAGCUGCGUGCUGGUAAAGAAGUGACGGUGGUCGAUCAAAGUGGUUUGUGGCGAACAGCUAUUGUGGGCCGUGUGAAAAUAGAAUCGAGACCCCUCGUCCUUGUAGAGGCUAAGGAAAAUUUAGGAGAAGAGACCUACAGCAUUUUUCUACAGAAUGCAGAAACCGUCGGUCUUGUUUGUCCCAGCGAAGCAGAAGGCAACAACACAAGCAUGGUUAUUCCUGUGACGUCGCUAAAAGUUGGCGACGAAAUCCUAGUGCGAAAGCAGGGUGGUGCCCGACAUACAGGAAUAGAAAUCCGAGAGUUCAUCCUUGAGAAGUAAAAUAUCCGCACCAUGCAUUUUCCUAUCAGUUUCUCUAGCUCAAAAUGUCUUUUUUCUUUUUUCUCUCUCUGUUCCUUUGACAAAUAACAAUGUAAUCGUUAUUUCGGUAGAUAUCUUGAUAUUAAGCCAAAACAUUGUUUUGGCUUACUUUGCGAUCACAAAUUAGAGGAAUGCUGAUCAUGUGAGAUAAGUGUUUAUGUUCGCACGCGUCAUGAUGUCUAUGCUAAUUUAUUUGUAACUUGAAAUUAUAUAUUUGUAACUUGAAAUUAAGGCAUACAGGUAUGUACAUGUAUGAAGUAGAUAGAGCAUAUAAAUAUAGCCACAUUGAUAUAUUCAA